AUGCUUCCCUUCAGCCUUUGGUCUGAGACUGUUCUUCUCCUUAAGAAAAGCUUUUGUAUUUAUACCCGUUACAAACUGCUGAGGUUGGGUACGUGCUGUCCAACCAACCCAGGGUCUGCAGAGCCCGAAGGAGGAGAGGGCCUGGGGGGUGGCUGCACUGUCAGAGCCCCGAGCCCAGCCCUGCCCGUUCCUGUCAGAGCCCAGCCCUGCCCGUUCCUGUCAGAGCCCCGAGCCCUGCCCGUUCCUGCGGGCCCGGAGCCCGGCCCUGCCCGUUCCUGUCAGAGCCCCGAGCCCAGCCCUGCCCGUUCCUGUCAGAGCCCCGAGCCCUGCCCGUUCCUGUCAGAGCCCGGCCCUGCCCGUUCCUGCGGGCCCCGAGCCCUGCCCUGCCCGUUCCUGUCAGAGCCCCGAGCCCGGCCCUGCCCGUUCCUGUCAGAGCCCGGCCCGGCCCUGCCCGUUCCUGUCAGAGCCCGGCCCUGCCCGUUCCUGCGGGCCCCGAGCCCUGCCCUGCCCGUUCCUGUCAGAGCCCGGCCCGGCCCUGCCCGUUCCUGUCAGAGCCCGGCCCUGCCCGUUCCUGUCAGAGCCCCGAGCCCUGCCCGUUCCUGUCAGAGCCCCGAGCCCGGCCCUGCCCGUUCCUGUCAGAGCCCCGAGCCCGGCCCUGCCCGUUCCUGUCAGAGCCCGGCCCGGCCCUGCCCGUUCCUGUCAGAGCCCCGAGCCCGGCCCUGCCCGUUCCUGUCAGAGCCCCGAGCCCGGCCCUGCCCGUUCCUGUCAGAGCCCCGAGCCCGGCCCUGCCCGUUCCUGUCAGAGCCCCGAGCCCUGCCCGUUCCUGUCAGAGCCCCGAGCCCUGCCCGUUCCUGUCAGAGCCCCGAGCCCGGCCCUGCCCGUUCCUGCGGGCCCUGA